AUGUCGACAGUGAAGCGCUCGAACAGAUGCUGGUGGACGGUGAGUUGUGUGGUGUUGCUGCUCGUCGGAUACGUUCUGUCCAAACCGAUUGAAGAGGGUGGAAACGAAAAGGAUCAACCGCUCGGUGGAGUCCCCGAUGGUGGUAGCGUACACGAGGAAGUCGUUGUCGCAGCAUCCCUGUACGUUCGUAAGAAGCCAGCCACCUCGUUACGUCGUCAGGAGCGUGAAAUACGCCACGAUCACGUAACGCAUCCGAGUGCGGCACACACGAACGGGCUGGACACGCCUGGGAAAGGUAAACCGCAUUUGGGCAAACACCAGGACAAAGUGCUGCCGAACUGGAAGAACAACGUCGCCGCACCGAAAGUGGAACACCAGCAAAAACAGUAAACAAAAGCGCAAGGGAAUGGUUCACCCAACAAUCCAGUUUGAGAAUCAAUCAUUCCGAUCAAGUUCGACCGAAAAAGCGAUCAUUCAUAGAUUGUUGCAAAAACGGGUUCCACAUAAAACUCGACCGAACGGUUGUAGGCGAACAUUUGUGUCUGGUUCCCAGGAUUUAAUCUUGCGCGUUGUUUCAUGUGACGUACGUACGGAUCAGAGGGUAUCGGAUUAGUGACCAUCGGCUUACCUUUCAUGUCGUACCGCCAGAGAGAAUUUAAAUAAUGAAACUGAAAAAAAUGCUGCAGUUGCUCAAUGUUCGACGUGAGGAAAAUGUGUACUGUUUGUUGAUUACACACGGCUGUACAGAAGUAGAGACUAUAAGUAGUAUAAGAUUUUCUUUUGCCAU